AUGGACCUUGCUAUUGAAGCAAUUCAGACAACCUUAUUUACACUUUGGAUAUACGUCUUUGGCGGUAUCCUAAUUUUAGAUUAUUGUCGUAUAUUUAAAUUUUCUUACAUACCAGUGCAUAAAGGAAUUAAUGUGAUUCCGCCUUUGCCGUCACUUGCAAGAAAGGGAAGAAUGAGCUGCUCUACGGAAGGAAAAAAGGAGAGCAACUCAAACAUGGCCAAGGGUGCAUCUUUGGCCGCGGCAGCCAUGACGGUGAUCAUGUCAAGUCCCGCCAUGGCUUUGGUGGACGAGAGAUUGAGCACCGAGGGGAUAGGGUAUCCGUUCGGAUUGAGCAACAACCUUCUUGGUUGGAUCCUCUUUGGGGUGUUUUUUGGUCUCAUUUGGGCAUUCUACUUUAUCUAUACUUCCUCCCUUGAAGAGGAUGAAGAGUCGGGACUGUCCCUCUAAAGCCAAACACCAGUGUUCCUCAAAUGAUGGAGGAAUGUAAAGAUUUCUAGUUCAUUUUUUGUAGUAAAAGCUACCCAUUUAUGGAU